AUGCCCGACGAGCAUUCGACGUUGCAGGAUGCGAAGGAAUCCCUUUUCAACCCGACUCCCCGCAAACAAGGCCUACCAGAAGACAACAUGAUGACUCCAUACAAUGGCGUACGGUCGAUUUUCGACAACUCUUCCGGAUCACAUCAAUUGACCGACGACAACACGAACCAAGAACGAGCACUAUCUAAAGCGAAACUGGCCGACGAAAACAUUGCUCCCUUCCUGGCCAAACACAUCCCAAGCCAAUAUGCUCCCCUUGGAACGGACACCAGCAAAUCCGCAGGACCUCCGCCCAAGUACAUGAACUCGAGAUACUGUUACCGCCACAGGCCCGAUCUGAAAUGCCGCAGACAAGCCGAUGAACCGUCCAUGGAUCACCUGCAAUGGGUACGUUCAUCUCAGUCGGACAUUUGGCCGGUGGAUAGCAAUACUAAUGAAGAAAAGGAGUUGCAAUCUCUUCCACAAAGCGAUCAACAAGGGAUAGCUCACGUGUGGUCCUUGUUCUCGGCUGCCCCCGCAAAACAGCGAGAGCUUAUGCUUCGGGGCAUUCUCGCGCAAUGCUGCUUUCCUCAGCUGUCCUUGAUAUCCAGCAGCGUACGAGACCUCAUCCGUAUCGAUUUCAUCACUGCGCUACCGCCUGAAAUCUCUUUCAAAAUUCUCUCCUACCUCGACACCGCUUCCCUUUGCCGUGCUGCUCAAGUAUCCCGAGGCUGGAAAUGUUUGGCCGACGACGAUGUUGUUUGGCACCGAAUGUGCGAACAACACAUUCAUCGCAAAUGUACAAAAUGUGGAUGGGGAUUACCGUUGCUUGAACGAAAACGAUUACGGGCUUCCAAGGAACAAAUCGAGAAACGUGCCUUGGGUGUUCCCGUAUCCCCCGAGUCAUCUGCAACUGCACAAGCGGUUGAUGCAACCUCGGGUGUGAAGCGUCCGGCCGAAGACUUAGAAGCGUCCGACUCUCAGAUUGUUAAACGUCAAUGCUUGCCAACAGAGGAAGAUACCGAUCUCUACAAAACUAACUUUCGACCCUGGAAGGAUGUUUACAAGGACCGAUUUAAGGUUGGCACGAAUUGGAAAUACGGUCGAUGCUCGGUCAAAGUCUUCAAAGGUCAUACCAAUGGAGUCAUGUGUCUUCAAUUCGAGGACAAUAUCCUUGCCACGGGCUCCUAUGAUACGACUAUUAAAAUAUGGGACAUGGAGACCGGUGAGGAACUUCGCACUCUUACUGGACACACUUCCGGUAUUCGUUGCUUGCAAUUUGAUGAUACAAAACUCAUCAGCGGAAGUAUAGACCGCACUUUGAAGGUCUGGAACUGGCGAACUGGUGAAUGCAUUUCCACGUAUACUGGGCAUCUCGGUGGUAUAAUAGGAUUGCAUUUUCAAAACAGCAUCUUGGCCUCAGGAUCAACUGAUAAAACUGUCAAGAUCUGGAACUUUGAGGACAAGUCUACCUUUCUCCUAAGAGGCCACUCCGACUGGGUCAAUGCUGUUCGUGUCGACAGCAGCUCACGAACUGUGCUCUCCGCCUCAGACGAUUGCACAGUGAAAUUGUGGGAUCUUGACUCUAAACAAUGCAUCCGAACCUUCCAAGGUCAUGUGGGCCAAGUGCAACAAGUCAUUCCUCUGCCGAGAGAAUUCGAGUUUGAAGAGGAUCAUGAUGCCGGUCACGAAGAAGACAGCAACGCGUCCGUAUCCGGAGAUGAAUCGCCCUUUAGCCAAAUCUCCUGCUCACCAAACACGACCUUUUUUGAAGGCGACCGCCCUGCACCUCCGCGGUACAUCCUUACCAGCGCUCUUGACUCGACCAUCCGUUUAUGGGAAACGUACACCGGGCGUUGCCUUCGAACCUUCUUUGGACAUUUGGAAGGUGUUUGGGCAUUGUCUGCCGAUACUCUGCGCAUUGUAUCGGGUGCCGAAGAUCGAAUGGUCAAGAUUUGGGACCCGAGGACUGGUAAAUGCGAACGCACAUUUACUGGACAUUCCGGCCCAGUCACCUGCGUUGGUUUGGGUGACAGCUGUUUUGUGACUGGAAGCGAAGACUGCGAAGUCCGCAUCUACAGUUUCAAAAACUAG